AUUGAGCCGGACAGAGCAUCAAAGUUGAUAACAAAUACAAGACGUUGCCGCCGAAGUGCGUCCAUCAGACGACAGAAGUCAAGACUGAAGCCUGCUAUUGUGGACAUAGAGGAAGACGAGCAGCACAAUCUCAACAGUCUGGGGGAGAGUGAAGGUGAAAUCCGCAAAAGAAAGACAAAUCGUGCGACAAUUGCGUACGACUCACCAGGGCAGGGAAACACGCAGGAUGCUGACACACCAGUAGUCGCGUCCUUGCAUAGUCUCGUCUCAUUGGCCGCAGCGCCCAUCAAUUAUUUCAACCCGGAGAUCACACUUGAGCGGCCCUCCAGCUCGAACAUGAGCUCCGUACGACUUUUUAUAGCCUCCCUUGGGAACCCAUCACCCUACCAGGCAACGAGGCAUUCCGCGGGCCACGUCCUGCUCAAAGCGCUGCAGUCGCAUCUCAGGUUUCCUCCCCUCAAGAAGUCAAAACCGUACGCCAACGGCCUCAUUUCCAUGGGUGCCGAUGUCGGGCGGCCCGAGUACGUGUUAUGGCAGUCGCCAAGCUACAUGAACGUGUCGGGGAAAGAUCUCCUGAAGGCCUACAGGCAGUUCGCAAAGGAGACCUGCGGGUCUGCGACGGGAAACGAGGAGGACCUCCCUGGUCUUAUCGUUCUGCACGACGAGAUGGAGACGGCUCCCGCGCAGCUGAAGGCGCGAGCCGGGAACAUGAGCGCGAAGGGACAUAACGGGAUCAAAUCGGUGCAGCAAAGUCUGCAAUCUGCCGGCUUAAUAGGCAGGUUGACAGAGCCCGGGCCUGGUGGGAAGUUCAUCAAGAUUGGCAUUGGUAUCGGCCGCCCGGCUGGCGGUAGCAGAGACAAGGAAGACGUAUCUGCUUAUGUGCUGGGCAAGUUUGGUGUUGUGGAGCUCGAGAAUUUGGCCGGCAGUGCCGUUCGGUUGGAGAAGCUACUGGAAGAUGCGAGGGCGGAAAUGGGUGCACAUGCAUAGUUCAUGUUGCGUUUAGGAGCGAGGCAAUUCGAGCUGCUCGUGUACCAAAGGUGUAAAGUCUGUACUAUAGUCAUGUCUCAUCGACGCGUAAGAUCCGGUUAGAGAGCAUCGUUCGGACGGUCUGAAGACGAAUAUCCACAUAUUCUGUUGAAUUUGGCAUCAUCGACAUUCCCUUUCAUAUCCCUAGUGUAUUUUAACUCAUCCCAAACAUACCCAC